AUAAAAUUUAUAUACAUAUGUACAUCAGCUGUUAAACCUUUCUGUUAUGUGUGCAAGUUUGUAUUGAGAUUGUGGAGUAAAUUUAAAGAAAAGAAAUAUGAGUCUACAAACUGAGGAGAAAAUUGCUUUUAAUCCAAAUAAUCCACAUGAUUUGGGCGAUCCUAACGACACAUCCUUGAGGAAAGUGGAAAAGGAAGUGCUUAUUCCCAGGAUUAUGCGUGACCGUGCGAAACAAAUUCACUGCAGUAAAGAAGUACAGGAAUUUGAAACGUGUUGUAAGGCAAACAGCAUAUUAAUGGUUGUAACAUGCCGAAAUGAAAAUUCCGCUUUGAAGUCAUGCCUAACCAAAUGGUAUAAAAAUGAUGAAUUUAGAGAAGAAUGCACGAAGAUUUAUCUGGAAGAGCGUUCAGAUUACCGGCGUACUGGCAUUCCAAAAAAACAUCGUGUGCAAAAAAUGUAAUUUUCAUCGUUCUAUAUAAUUCAUUUUGUUAUCUUUUGACUUUGUACAAAUGAAGUGCUGUUAAAUCGUCGAA